AGGGCCCAAACGACGCAGCCUCAGACUCACGGUGGCUGAGAGGCAGUAGGCCGGCAGUCCGUCCGUUAAGGGGACAUUUCUGAGGGACUAGUGUCAAGGAACUGUUCCUCCGGGGCCACCGCAGAGGAAGUGUCGCCGAGGAGUUGCUUCUGCGGUGGGGGGGACCCUUCUGCGGAACCACUACCUAGAGGUCAUCUGGGAGGGGCUGUUGCUAAGGGGUCGUCUCCAGGGACCAUUCUUUAAGGGCUGUUGAUAAGGGGCUAUUGCGGAGGGGUUUGGGCAACAGUCCAUUCCUGGGGGACCUUUGCUGAAGUCUCAUCCUGAGGGGCGUUCCUGGACUGACAAGAGAGCUAACUUCUGUCUCCCAGUAUGGAAGAACCUACUGCCCAGUUCUCUGACGAGGAGCUGAUGGACAACUUCCCCGCCAUGGACGAUGAGAGAAUCCAGUUAGAGGCUCCAGAGUUUGAGGUGGAACCUCUUCCUGUGGGAUUUGAGGACGCCACUGCCUUAGGAUAUAGCUGUUUAGCAAAAGAAGAGGAAGGGAACACUGAGAAAAUGAAGAAGACAACCAUUAAAGACAAAGUGGAGGCAUUUCAUCUUCGCAAGAGCUUGAACCUCCUAGACAAACUGCAUGAGGAAAAGGACCUUUUUAUUCAGAAGACUAGAGGGGAGCUGCGUGUCUGUCGUCAGAGGAUGGACCUGCUCGACAAGCAACAGGAGAGCUUGGCCGCUGAGAUCUCCGUGGAGAGAGACGCCAACAAUAUGGCUGCUAUGGGUCGUCUCCAGGCUGCAUCCAGACGCUUGCACACAGAGCUGGAGAAUGAAAAAGAUCUGCAGUCCAAGAUCACGGCCAUGCUGAAGGACAGCGAGAAUGCCAUGUGGCACAUUGAGAUCCAGAAGGGGCAAUUUGAGGAUGUCCGGAAGCGUAAUGAAGAAGAGGCAGAAGCUAGGCAGAGGAGCCUUGAGAUACACGCAGCUCAGCAGCUUCAGAAGGAGAAAGAAACCCUGGAGAAGGUGGAGAGGAACCGUCUGCUGAGGGCCCGGAAGUCCUUGCAUGUGCAGAAGGAGCUGGGGCAGAAACAUCAGAAACUGGUGGAAGACGCCCAGAGAAACCACAGGAUUGCCGUGAAGUUCCUGAAGGCCUCUCUGGGAAGAAUCCGAGAGCGAGAGCAGGAGGAGGAGAUGGAGUCCCGCAAGCACAUGAAACGGCGCAUGGAUGCUGUGCUGGCGUUGAAGAACAGCAUCACUGCCAGUCGGGAAACACUGAAGAAGUUCCAAGCCUGGGGCCAGAGCAGGGCAGAGGUGGCUAAGCAGAAGGCCCUUACGGAGAAGGAGGUGAUCCUGGCCCAAGGUGGCGAUGCAUUCAAGCACCUUGUUCAUCAGCGCAGGCACCAGGAGCUGGAAGCCCAGAAGCGGGCUUUUGAAGAGGAGCAGAAACUCCGGAAGCAGGAGAUUGUAAGUCGAAUCUUGAAAGAGGAAGCUGAGGAGGAAAACAGGAAAAAGAAGCAUCACCCACCCUCUAAAGCCACAGACAGAUGGACUCUGCGGGACAAGACCUGGAAGUACAUCUCCAACUUCUGCGAGGGGAAGACUGCAAUGCCCGCAAGUCACCUGCUGGAAAACGAGAUAGCCUUACACCCCAAGCCUACCUGUCUGCUGAAAGCCAUAUCCAGUGAGUCUGUGCAGAUGGACCUGGGGAGCAUUAGUACGGAGGAGGAGGUCCUGGCUGAACCAGAUAUCCCCGGGCUUUGGAGCAAAGAGUACAAGACACACCAGGUGUCCAAGAAGGACAUGGAACAGAAACCUGUGGGUGGUACCAAGAUGGACAAGGACAUCCUGGCUUGCACGAUGGAGCAGCUGCGCAGUGGGGUGGUCCAUAAGCAGGUGGUCUCUGGGAGGGAGUUCAAGGGUCGCCCGUUCAACAGCAAGCCCGAGGUCAUUCACUUCAAGGACUUUGAUAUUGGCAAAGUGUACAAGAAGAAGAUCACAUUGAUAAAUGCUACUUACACAAUCAACUAUUGUAAACUGGUGGGUGUGGAGGAGGGCCUGAAGGACUUCAUCCAUAUCGACUUUGACCCCCCUGGUCCCAUGUCAGCUGGGAUGUCCUGUGAAGUUCUGGUCACCUUCAAGCCUAUGAUAAAUAAAGAUCUGGAAGGAAAUGUUUCAUUUUUGGCUCAGACAGGCAGCUUUUCUGUUCCACUGAAAUGUUCAACGAAGAAAUGUUCUCUGUCCCUUGACAAGGAGCUCAUUGAGUUUGGCAGCUAUGUGGUGGGUGAGACCACGUCCCGGACCAUCACACUGACCAAUGUUGGGGGCCUGGGCACCAGAUUCAAGUUUCUCCUGGAUUCUGAGUUCUUUGAGAUGGAAGAACCCCAACCCAUCAUGAAAAUAAGCAGCCUCUACACCUGUGAGGACAAAAGUCUCUAUGAGAAGAUCAUUACCAGUCUCUCUGAGCAACAGCUUGAUAUCAAUGAGUCCUCCCCAGUGGACAUCCCGAGCCGAAAAGAAUCCGAGAAAGAUGGUAAGAGUUGGGGAGACUUGGGAGUGGCAACCACAUGGCAGCUCACAACUGUCUUGAGAAAUUCCCUAAGAAAAACCAUGAUGUCCAUGUUCUGACCCCAUGGUACUCUUCCUACACAGGUAACAGAGGGAGAAAUCGGCCCCUUCAGUUCCAUCAAAAUACCCAUUAUCUUCACCCCAGUUAUCCCAGGAGAGGUCCAGACUAAGUUCAAGGUUAUGUUUAAGAAUUCGCAGUGUCCCACGUUAUAUUUCAGGGCCACGGGUAUUGCCGUCGAUGUGCCAGUCUGGGUGCCGAGGGCCACUGUGGACAUGAAGAUCUGUAUGUACGACCGACUCUACCAGGACUCCAUCGUUGUCCACACGAGAUCAAAAGCAGCCCUGCGCCUAAAGUUUGAAGUCUGCAAGGAGCUGAGAGGCCACAUAGAGCUUCUGCCAGAAAUAGGCUAUAUCCAGGCCCAAUCCUCCUAUUCGGUACAGCUCAAGUUCCUGCCUCGACACUCCCUCCCUGAGGAUGCAGGGAAGUAUUUUGACGAGAACAGUCGUGUUCUGGAAGCUCCAAUGACCAUCUGGGUGGCUGACCAGAACAAACCGGUGGGGUUCACUGUCCAAGCCGUCGUCACCACCUCAGACUUGGAAAUCAGCCCCUUGGAGAUAAACUUCGGCUACUGCACCAUCUAUGAGGCUAUCAGGACAGAAAUCAACCUCAGCAACCUCUCACUGCUGCCCCAGGAGUUUGGGUUCGUCGGACUUCCAAAGUAUGUGGACAUCCAGCCCAAUGAUGGGUUCGGGACAAUUUUGCCGCUGGAAACUUUGCAACUUGAUGUGAUCUUCCAGCCCAUUAAGGCCAAGGAAUACAGAUUUGAGCUGAUUUGCAAAUCUGAAAUAAACCGGUGCUUCAAGGUGUCUUGCCAAGCAGUGGGUGUCCACCCACCCCUGGAGCUGUCCCACUACCAGAUCAAGUUUGCAGCCACGGCCCUGUGUGGCAGCACUGUGUCUAGACUGUACGUCAUCAAUUCUCACCUGAGCAUGAACAAACUGACCCACUCCUUGCCUCGAAUUGGGUCUGAGGAAGCCACCCCAGUGGGACCCACAUCCUUUGAGUUCUUGCUGCCUCCUAAUUCACCCAUCACCAUCUCCCCAUCUGUGGGGACUGUGUUGCCAGGAAAGGUGAGCAUGGGCCCCACUGACAGGCUAGGAGGCAGGUGCCCGGUUUGGCACACUUUAACCACAGGUACUGGCGCACAGCACGGCCAAGGGUGUGAGCUGGAGACACGGCCCCACAGCAUCUGUUCCUGCUUACAGUUCCAAAAAGAAACAGUCCAAAGGAAGGAAACGUGGAAACCGUCCAUGCCUGUGGUUCGGGUUCACAACCGGGACCGACCAACCCGGGCCUCCACACCCCACACUCCAGAGCUGCAUAGGCAGGAGCUCAGUGUCAGCUCCGAUGAAUACCAAGCUGCACAAGCCAACUUGGCCAGAUCCUUCCAGGGGAAGUUUGACAGGAUUGUGGUCCCCUGUGUUGUUGCCAGUGGUGACAUCAAAGACAGGAAGGAAUUGAAACCUCUGAGCUUCAGCCCCCAUAAUACUCUAUAUCUGGAACUAUGGUGUCCAGCAGUGGCUCCGUCCAUUGUGCUUACAUCCAACAAAGGCAAUAGUGUCCUUAACUUUGGUGAUAUUGCUGUAGGGCAUCGAAGUAUAAAGAAGAUCACCCUCCAGAACAUUUCCCCUGAGGACCUUGCUUUGGAGUUCUCAGUGCUGAGCCCCAGCGGCCCCUUUGUUCUGAUAAACCCCUCCAAGAAGCUGUGUUCUGGCGAGUCACAAACCCUGGCACUGUCCUUCUCUCCCCAUGAGAGCACGCUGGUUCAAGAAAUCCUGGACAUCAUCACCAAGAGAGGCACCCUCAGCCUUACCCUGACCGGCACAGGUGUGGCAUCCAUGAUCACAUGCUCCAUUGAAGGCAACAUCCUCAACAUGGGCUAUGUGCUUGCCAGAGAAUCUGUCUCAACAACUUUUAAGCUACAGAAUGAAUCCUCACUUCUUAUUAAGUUCUGGAUGCAGCUGGAGAGCCUCUCCAGAAAAAGGGAUGAGACCCGGCAGCAGCUACCCAAGUUCCUUACCUCCCGUGAGCAGAGGACUGAGAUUGUUGGCACACAGAACCACAACGGGCAGAGCGUAUUCAGUGUUGCUCCAGUUGAGGGACUCAUGCACCCUGGGAAGGCUCAAGAAUUCACUGUAACCUUCAGUCCGGACCAUGAGAGCCUCUACUUCUCUGACCUGCUCCAAGUGGUGCUCUUUGAAAAGAAAGUCUCCCAUCAGAUCCUCCUGAAGGGUGCUGCCCGCGAGCACAUGAUGUUUGUGGAGGGAGGAGACCCACUGGAUGUGCCUGUGGAGUCCCUGACAGUGAUCCCUGCCUUGGACACAGAACAUAGAGAGGCUAGAUCUCCCUCUCCAGAAGCUGAGGAGAUAAAGCCCAUUCUGGUGACCUUGAACUAUGUCCAGUUUGACACAGACACGCCAAUCCCACCUGCCACCCGAGAGCUGCAAGUGGGCUGUAUCCGGACUACCCAGCCAUCACCAAGGAAGACUGUGGAGUUCAGCCUGGAUGGUGUUGCAUGGCUGCAGCACAAGGGCUUCUCCAUCGAGCCGUCCAGGGCUUCUGUGGAGCGCGGUCAGACCAAGACCAUCAGCAUCUCCUGGGUACCACCUGCUGACUUUGAUCCGGACCAUCCACUCAUGGUGUCAACCCUGCUGCAGCUCCGGGGAGACGGAAAAGAAACCUACAAAGUCAUCUUUGUAGCCCAGGUGGUGGCUGGGAUCUGAGGUCACAGGAACCCGCAGAGCCUCUUGGACCCUCCCACCCAGCCUUGUGGGCCAGGUCGACCCAUUCCCCUAGGCCUGGACAGAGCUCCCCUGCCCUAUAGACAUGGCUACUUCCUGCUGCCCUGAGAACAAGACUCCCCCGCCAUACACACAGCCAAGAAAUACUAAUCCAUUCACACAGCCUGUUCCUAGAUGCCCCACCCCCAGCCCCAGAUCCCAAGCCCACCAGCACCUCCUCAGGCUUUAGAGAUCCCAGGAGAUAGUGCAGGCCUGUCAAUAAACUCUAAGAACCAACAGAAGUGUGCAGUGGUGGGGGUAGGGUGGGGGGCUGGCUUAGCAUAAAGUAGGGUGGGAGGAGAGCCUGGAGGAAGCCUGACCCACUCUCCCCGCUCACAGAACCCAACCCAUAAAACAGUGUUCUGCCUAGUGAGAACCUUCCAGAGGGUGCAGUCUUGCCAGAUAGCUAGAGGGAGUUCACCCUGACUCAGUCACUGGAAGAUCCCUCCAGAUCAUGCAGUUCAGGUGCUGGGGGUGCAGAGCCAGGGUUGAGCCUGGUCCAGACCUGGAAAGGUGAGGGAGGAGAAGCGGAGGACAAGAGGUGUCACAGCCCAGAGAAAGUCUCCUAAGUCUCCCAGCUCCUCCCAAGUCCCAGGAACUAGAUGAUCCCACCCAAGGGAUGGGCAGGCACAAAGCGGGCCCAGCUUGUGAGUUUCGGUUUACACUUGUCUGAAAAGAACAGAUUUUGCCUUCCGGGCCCUAGCCCACCCAGCCAUACUCCUGCUCCAGCACCGCGCCAGCACAGCUUGUCGGAAGCUUUCCAUCCAGCCCACCCUCCUAUCCGUGCAGCGUGACUACACCCCAUGGGGACAAACUACCAAGAGAGCCUUCUCAGCCUUCCUCAGCCUGGCAGGACCAUGGGGGGGUGAUGGAUCUGGGUGCUCUCCUGAACACUGCUCUGUGUUCUGUCCUUAGUGCCCUUGAUAUCUUGUCGCCUGGCAUUGCCCCUAAGGGAGCCAGCAACAUUUGCAGGAUUUCUGCUCAGUGACCUUGGAGGUACAGGGCCCCAGGCCUCCGCUGACGUGACUGGAGCUGACCCUUGACCUGUUUCCAGGUCAGAUGGGUGGCAAGAAAGUCUGAGAUUUGUGAGGACAUGCUCUGGGGAGAAAGCACUACCCCAGGCAGGCCACGCUAUCCUACCUAGGUCCUCUCUUCUCUGGACCCCAGGCUCUGAUCUGGGCCUCCGGCUGCACUUUCUUCCUAUUCUGGCGCUGUAUCUCCCCCCCCCCCAGCACCAAACAUAGCUGAGGCAGAGCAAAGGAGGGAAUAACACAGGAGAGAAGUUCACCGGUCUCUGGCAGAACUGGCCCUUGACGGCAAACACAGGUCAGCUGUAGACAGAACCCUGAAGGACUCUCCAGCGAGGGAGAAAACCUGAGUGUGAAAACAGUGAAGAAACAGAGGCAGAAGGGAGGGCAGGUGCACCCCCUGUCCUUAAUCACACCGCCCCUGCAGUCUGAACCCUGAAAGGCAGAGCAGCCUGGCAGAGGACCUAGCCUGGAGGAGGAAAGAUUAAUAAACUCCCCGGGAAGAAGUGGCCACUUCAACAGUAGAAGAAGCAGGCAUUUCAGGUUGAGGGAGAGGGCUGGGAAGUGGUCUGUUUGCAGAGCCUCAGCAGCCCGGAGCCCCUAUCCCUGUGGAGGAUGCAUAGCAAAUGUCCUUGAAUGGCAGUUUGGAAAGCUAAACCCCAGUUUAUUAAUGGUGUAGACCCCACCCCUUUUACCUAGAGGAUUGUGGAGUAUGAGGGUGGAUUCUACUUAUUCUAAGAGGCCACAAACCAACGCAACCCACAAGUUUCAGGAGACCCGGUUUGUGAAUGGGGAUGGGGAAAUGGAGGAUAGGGGUGGCUGGGUGAGGGGUCAGUAUGAUACAAGAGAGACUCGUGUCCCAUGCCCAGAACAAGACCUGCUCUAUCCCCUCGUAGGGCUCACAUUGGUCAUUGGUCCUUGAAGACUCAGA